GUCUGCAUUGGAUGGACUAUUCAUGGAGAAUCCAUACUAACAUGGACCUUUUGUGCUGGAUCUGGUUUCAAAAAUUCAGAUCCAUGUGAAAGUCCGGGUUCAAAAUUUUCAUGUCCAGAUCAAAGAGCUCAUAUUCCUUGUCAUUGGCUGGGCUUAAAUCUAGAUCUAUCCAAUCAAAAUGGGUUGGAGUUAGAUAUUUGUUGGGCUAGAUCUAGAUUUGAUAUAUCUAGCAUAUCCAGGCCUAUUUAG